AAAAUAUUUACUCAUAAUUGUUAUAAAAAUCAGAAAUAAAUGUAAAAAUAUUAUUUCAUAUUUUAGCAUUAUAAAAGAAAAAUGAAUUUGUAUACAAUUUCAGUGUCAUCACUGAUUUUUUUUCUUUUUUUAAGAAAUGAAUUAUACGCACAUCCAAAUAAAAUAAAUUCAAAGUUUGCUAAUCUGUUAAGAUUACUUUGUUUUACUGCGGUCGAUGAACUAGAAUCUGGAAAAAAUAUUGAUACAGAAUCUGUGCAAUACUUUGAUAUAGGCAAUGAUGUUAAAGAAGAAGGUACGUGUGGAAUAUGCUUGGAAGAAAAAGAAUCAGUAACAUUGAUACCAUGCGAACAUAAGUUUUGCAAUACUUGUAUUAAUAUAUCUCUUUAUAAAUAUGAACUAAAUAAAUGUUCUGUAUGCCGUCAGGAAUUUACAUCAACUGAAGGAUUAAAAACAAUUCCAAUAUUAGAUUAUAAAAAAAGUAGAUUUAUUGGUCUAGUUGAUUAUGAACAAGGAAAAGAUCCAUAUGUAAGAAUGAAACAACCUAUUGAUGAUGAAAUUAUUAGAUUAAAAAGGAAAAUUGCUCAAGGUAUAAUCUCAGAUGGUUAUCUAAUUGCUCGAUAUUAUUACCUUCGUCAAUCAGAAGAGCCUGAUCAAGAGCUCAUAGAAGAUAUUUUACGGUUAGAAAAAUUUAAUAAAGAAUCAAUUAGAAAACUAAAAAUAUGUAUUGAGAAUUGUAAAAAAGGUUUUCAUGAAUAUUUACUGUACUCUGAUUUGUUUAUAAUUGAAUUGGAUGAGAAUGAAAGACAAAUGUUAUUUAAGUAUUAUUACAGAAAAAAAAAAGAUCCAACAGUAGAAUUAAAAAAUAGAAUAGAGUAUAUUCGUUUUCCUGGAAAAACCUAUGAACACAUAAAUUAAAUAUAUUUCUAUGGAUGAAAAACACAAUAAAAAAUUUUAACCUCUUAUUAUGAUUACUACUAGUUAUAUUUUAAAAUGUUUAUUUUUAACCAUUGAAUAGUUUUUUAAAGAUUUGAACCAAUAAAAUUACUUUAUUAAUAUAGUAAUCUAACAGUAAAUAUCUGUAAUAUUUCACUUAUUUUGUAAGUAAAAAAAAAAAAUAUAUUCAAUACAUUUA